CCGCGCUUCCCGUUGCAGCUGGGUAUGAUGACAGUCACCUGAUUGGACUCACGGUUUGGCAACACAGACUCGUGCCUUCUAUCUUUCUGGACUUGCACCAUGAAAUAAGGAAACUUUGAUUAUUUUCAAGUUAAAGUGUCACCAUGCCUGUGACUGCGGCUGUUAUCAGUGGGUUGCAGAGACUAGUCCUCUACGAGACAAGAGCGAGGUACUUCCUGGUGGGUAGUAACCAAGCCCAGACCAGCCACCGUGUGCUUAAGAUCGAUCGGACGGAGCCACGAGACCUGGUUAUCAUCGACGACAAGCAUGUCUACAGCCAGCAGGAGGUGCGUGAGCUGCUGGGGAGGCUGGAUCUGGGGAACCGGACCAAGAUGGGCCAGAAAGGCUCCUCAGGACUCUCUCGAGCCGUCUCAGCAUUUGGCAUCGUGGGGUUUGUGCGUUUCCUGGAAGGCUACUACAUUGUGUUGAUCACCAAGCGCAGGAAAGUAGCAGACAUCGGUGGACAUUCAAUCUAUAAGAUUGAGGACACCAACAUGAUCUACAUCCCCAAUGAUUCUGUGCGCGCCACACAUCCAGACGAAGCAAGAUACGUCCGGAUCUUCCAAAAUGUAGAUCUCUCCAGUAACUUUUACUUCAGUUACAGCUACGACCUGAGCCACUCCCUGCAGUACAACAUGUGUGUGUUGCGAGCUCCGUACGAGGGAGUGGAGGGUGAGGUGGAGGCAACCACUACCAGCAAACAAGACAGCUUUGACAUCUUUGAGGACGAGGGCCUUCCCACGCAAGUGGUUCAUGGCGUCAGGAACGAGCCCUAUGGCAAGUACGUGUGGAACAGCCGGCUGUUCGACAAGGUCAAGGAAACCCUGCAUCCUGAUUGGCUCCUCUAUAUUAUCCAUGGCUUCUGCGGUCAGUCCAAGCUGCUGAUUUACGGGCGGCCGGUGCAUGUGAGUCUGAUCGCUCGGCGCUCCAGUCGUUUCGCUGGCACCCGCUUCCUCAAGAGGGGAGCCAACUGCGAGGGAGACGUGGCCAAUGAAGUUGAAACGGAGCAGAUCAUUCACGACGCGUCGGUGAUGUCGUUCACGGCAGGCAGCUACUCGUCUUAUGUGCAGGUGCGCGGAUCUGUGCCCCUCUACUGGAGCCAAGACAUCUCCACCAUGAUGCCUAAGCCACCCAUACGCUUGGACCAGGCGGACCCUUAUGCCCAUGUCGCUGGGCUGCACUUUGAUCAGAUGCUCCGGCGUUUUGGCUCACCCAUCAUCAUCCUCAACCUGGUCAAGAAACGUGAGAAGCGUAAACACGAGAGGAUUCUGAGCGAUGAGCUGUACCCCGCUGUCCUUAACCUCAACCAGUUCCUGCCGCCCGAGCACGCCAUCGACUACAUCGCCUGGGACAUGGCCCGCUACACUAAGAGUAAGUUAUGUAAUGUGUUGGAUCGCCUCAGCAUGAUUGCGGAGAACGUGGUGAAAAGAACCGGAUUCUUUGUCAACCGAUCUGACCUCCACUGCCACAGAUUGCGGCCUGACGAGAGGUGGAGAGACUUAGGGGGACGAUUGACAUCAACUGGCAGACUUCAGACUGGUGUGUUACGGACUAACUGUGUAGACUGUCUGGACCGUACAAACACAGCCCAGUUUAUGGUGGGGAAAUGUGCCCUGGCCUAUCAGCUCUAUGCUCUUGGAAUGAUUGACAAGCCCAAGCUCCAGUUCGAUACAGAUUGUGUCAGGUUGUUUGAGGAGCUGUAUGAGGACCAUGGAGAUACACUGUCUCUGCAGUACGGUGGUUCUCAGCUAGUGCACAGAGUGAAAACCUACCGCAAGAUCGCCCCCUGGACACAGCACUCCAAAGACAUCAUGCAGACGCUCUCACGAUACUACAGCAACGCCUUCUCAGAUGCGGACAGGCAGGAUGCCAUUAAUCUCUUCCUGCAGGUGUAUCAGACAGGGGAGAACAAGCCGCAUCUCUGGGAACUUCCCACGGACUUCUACCUGCACCAGAUCAAUACACUCAGCCUGCUGCAGGAGAGACGCAGUUACACCUACUGGUGGUCUGAGGGAGUCCUGUCCUACCUGCCUCUCCCAUAUGAUGACGUCCCUUGUGAUGAGAACCGUAAGAAGGUGACAGUAAAGCGUGUGAACCGGUUUGACGAGAGCAUCGACACCUACACAGAAUUCUACAAGCCGUAUGAGCUCACGUCAUUCGACGACACCUUCUGCAUCUCCAUGACCAACUCGGCUCGGGAGUUCAUGCCCAAAACUGUCGGACUGGAUCCCAGCCCAUUCACUGUUCGCAAGCCAGAGGAGACUGCAAAAUCUGUGCUGGGGAAGAGCAGCAAAGACGAGGCGGUCCUGCAGCGUAAGACGGCGGCCAGCGCGCCCCCUCCACCCUCGGAGGAGGCCGUGUCCAGCAGCAGCGAGGACGACUCGGAGGAGGAGCGCGAGGAGGACGGCUCCGCCUCCCAGCGCUCCACGCCCAUCAAGCUCGUCGAAUCGGGGGACAGCGUCCGCGCUCAGGAGGACACUCCACCUCAGCCAAUGAAAGAGCCGUACGGACUCGACCUCACAGAGCCUCUGGGUGACGACGACCUGAUUACCUACCACAGAUUUGCUCAUUUGGGUCAGAACCAGCAUAAGGUGGAGAAAUCGGACCAUCCCACUGAACACAAAAUCCCAGAUCAUGUCAUAAAUCUAGCCCCGGUGUCUUACUUCUCCAGCGACAGCAUCUACGAGGUGUGUGUGCCACGUGUGUGUUCGGAGAGCCGAGAGCUGUUUGAAGCGCACGUCCACGCCAGCCACGGAGCCAUCAGGAGCCUGUGCAGAGAGGACAUGCUCAUGUACCGCGAGUACAUCAAGAACCGAUACAUGUAGUGCGCGCACACACACACACACACACUCACACACAAAGCUCAUAUACCGGGGUUACAUCAAGAAGUCAUACAUGUAGCACAAACACACACACACACAUAUACACACACACACACACACACAAAACACAUACGUUCACAGCUCAGCUACCGCAGGUACAUCAAGAUAUGUUACGUACACAUGCACACCGUGAGAAAUGGCUGGAUGUUACCAACUUUAACACAACACUGGAACUUAAAUAAAUGCAGUCAUUUUCCUGGAGUCUUCUUAUCCCCAGAGCAUCUGCAUUUACUUUGUGCAUAGCUCAGCUUUUAAAAUGGUGUGUGUGUGUGUGUGUGUGUGUGUACGUGUGUGCAUAUGCAUGUGUGUAUGCGAGAGCACGUGUACGUGUAUGCGAGGGCCAGGUAGAGAUAAGGAGUGAGACUGGAUGAGCCAGCGUCUGACGUAGGCCUUUUGAAAGACCCAUUACCAGAAGCAUGGGAGACAUUUUAAUGGGCAUUCAAUCACUGUCCGCCAUCCAAGCAUUCCAUGCGGCGGUGAGCGUAUUAAACCGCACGGUUGAAUUAGUAGUGUGUUUAGUCUGUAUGUUCUGAGCGCUGUAAUAUAUUAACUCAGACAAAAAUGCAUUUUUAUUUGUUUUUUUUUUUUAAGAUGAAGGUGUCUUUAGUUGUAUUUUAUGUGUGCCUGGUUUUCUUUACUUUGAUUCUUUUUCCUCCCUAUGUUUGGUUGAAGAUCAUGUUUAGAAAUGAUUUAAAACUGUAUUAAGUUGAUUUUGUUGGAUUUUAAAGUUGUUUUAUUACUCAUGACAUUCAAAUGAUUCAAAUUAAGUUUAAUUUUGUUAAGAUCUUUUUUUUUAUUUUUUAAUUCAAAGCUGAAUGGACCAUAAGCAUAAUGACCAACUGUAUGCCUUGUUUUAAAUAGUUGCACUCAUUUUGUCCCAAGGUCAUAGGUGUAUGAAAGGUCAUUGUUUCAGUGAUAAUAUUCUAUUUAUUAAAGCUCGUUUUGAUCAGAC